CAGCAAAACAGUUAGUAAACGUAAACAAAGGCUCCGGCAAAAAUGUCGGUUUUUAAUGGCAAAUAGCCUGCUAUUUAAGUUCAAAGUGUACAGUCUGAUACAUAAAUGCAUAUGGAUGAACAACCAAUGGAUAUAUCGAAAAAAUAAUACUGGACAAUCGUUAUUUGAUGAGAAACUCACAUCGUGAUUUUUGAACCACCCAAGAUGGCGACUUUUGAUGGGAAUGCAGCCUGUCUUGUUGACAUGAACGAUUUGGACAUUUGUGUAUUUCGCCUGCUGACAAGCGUGGAAUGUAAGCCAAGGCACGAGGUAACUGAACAAUAAGUUAUUGAUAUUGAUGAAAGUUUAUUGUCUGAAAGUAGAAAUAUACUGUUCGAGAUGGCAAAAAGUAAAUUUGCAAACCAAUGCAGAGAAGAAUUCGGUCCAAUAUCUGCCCGUGGAUACGAACAAUUGGAAGAUGUGAAAUUAAAGAAAAGGAAUGGUGAAAAGAAAGGUUUGAGCCUCGCAAACGAUAUAUACGAACUAUAUACGUAUCAAGCGGAUCUAAUAGACUCCUUUCCUAAAAGCGUAUCUUCACCCACAAGUCACAUACCAGUACUGAGGAAACGUGGUAAUCAACCCCCGACGGCUACCCAAAUGGAUAUUUCGGUAAAACUGGUGGAAUUGACCCAACAGAUGACUGAAAUACGCACAGAACUAACACAGGUAAAGUCAGAUUAUGAGAGUGAUGUAAAUAGACUCAAUAGAAUGAUCAACACGUUGAAAAUUGAGUUAGGACAGCACACGUGUAAUGUUAUUAGCCCAAAGUUCUCCAAGCCGGACAAUGCUAGUUCUAGUUCUUCACUGCCAAUUAGCAAUAAAUCAUAUGAGAGUAUUCCUAGCAACAAAGGGGCCAACUCUCAACCAGAAACAUCGCAAUUAGCAGUCAACUCUCAAUCAAAAACAUUGCAAACAACACCUACGACCCCGACAAAUGUAAACAAGGAUAACCGCAAAUCAGCUGUUCUGAGUGACCCCAAUGCACCUAAGAAAAACAAUAACAUUCCUAAACCCAAUGGUGAUAAUCGAGACGCUCAACCCCCGUUUUUCCGAAUGGAUAAUAAUCAUGAAACAGCCGAUUCUAAAAAUAACCAUGCAACGGACAUUCCCUACGUAGACAUCACGGAUCACCGCAAGGAUGAUAACGAUUUCACGGUGGUUCGAGGAAGAAAACGAUCUCAACGGAAAGGCCAAGAAAUAGAUGAACGUUUUGGCGAGAAAAGGCGCGAGAACCUUGAAACUCUAGGCUCAGUUAAACGACCUCAAUCAGCAAAGAACACUAUAAACGGCCGCGGCAAACUUAAUAGAAAUGCUCGAGGUCUAAAAGGUGUCGCAUAUGAAAAAGCCCAAACUUUAUAUCUUGAGAGCAUCGAAGUAGAAGCCGAUGAUAGUGAUGAUGAUAUCGAGAAUCUAGUGAAGGAACAUGUGAAAUAUCUCGGCAUACGCAUUAUGAAAUUAUAUGUCGUUCGUAACCGUUACUCGGAGUACAGAGUAGGUGUAAAACUGAUUGUGCCCGAAACAUCAGUAGCCAAAGCAAUUGACCCAGAUGUGUGGCCGCAUCCAAUCACAUGCCGUAGAUGGGAGCGCAGAUCGAAUUCUUAUGGACGAAGAAUUCAAAGUCACGUCACAUAUAGAUCCAGACAGCGACAGAUAGAUGAAGACGAUUUCCCUCCUUACGACAAUGAAUCGAAUGACGGAAAUGACUCUGAUUUCCACAAAAACCUAUGCGAAGCAACAAGAGACUAUGUUAACAGAAACUUCAACCUGAGAGCAACAGGUUACAAUCAGCGGUAG